AUGUUCGAGCGAGUGGUUGAUGACAUAGAGUUUUUCUCAUACUCGCACUGGGUUGAAUUACAGAGAAGAAACUUGAGAGGCCAGGAAGUGCUUUGUCAAGGAUUUGUGAGCGAAUACAAAACAACCUGCUCGAUCGAGUAUUGGAGAGUUGGUGGAAAGGAUGAAAUGGAGAAGUGGACAGAUGACGGAUCGUUGGCCUAUACGUCCAUAAGUUCAGAGAGGGGAGUUCGAGGGAUCGAGGACUGCGUUGUGCAAUUGAUCCUCAUCCGUAUCGAGGUGCUUAGUUGGAGAGGGUGUGGAGAGUUGGACCGACAGAAGGAGAAAGGAACAGAGUACGGACGAUGCGUUACAUGGUAUACACCAUCACCUGGCCCUCAUACGUGCGCUGAGGAGGCUCCCAGAGAAGAAAGGCAAGGGGUCGAGGCAGCGUUACUUGCCAAGGAACAGCAGACGACCGCUCCUUCUUCAAACAUCACACGCACCUUCCAAGCCGGUGAGCAAAACAGCAAGCCGGCCUUGUUUCUCAUUCUCCUCCGCACCAAACAGCAGGCUGCUUCUUAUUCGUGUCCCUGGCUGUUGCAAGAUAUCGCGGAACGCGAUCGUAAGGGGUUGAUGUCAAUACAGAUGUGUAUAAUGAAUGAGGAGAUUAUUGGACAUGGACUAUUGGGUCAGAGUGGUGAUGGUUUGGGUAUUGCUGUAUGA